GGUAUAGCACGCUUUCGUUGGUCUUUCCAGAAAUAUAAUCCACAGCCCUGGCUCGUUGGUUAACCUCUUGAGAGGACUAAAACGCUAUCUUGUUCAAUGAUGUCUGAAGAGCAUGCAGGGCUUCUGUGUUCCAAGGUAAGUUCCCUAGUAUAUCUCUGGGUGUGGAUGUCCAAGCCUAUUUCUGCAUACCAUCUGUGCUUGUUUCUGAAGUGGUUGCGAGGACACUGUGGGAGAAAGAACUGGACCCUUGGCCCAGGGCUUUUGUCCAUCAGUAUUCUUCAGUGAAGCGUAUUUUCAAGCGAGAUCUCUCCAACAAAUCAAUUCAUCAGUAAGAAUGAGAAGUAUCUGCUGACUCUGCCUCUUGGU